AUCACUCAGUACUCACAGUUCUCCCAACCAAACAACCAUGUACACUCUCACCAUUGUUCUGUCCGCGUUCGUCGCUCUGGCCGCCUGCGACAAGGCGCCUUACCCACCCUCCGGCGCCAAACCCGCCAAAGCCUUCCUGCUACCCCUCAGGCAGCCGGCCGCGUCCGCCGCCUACACAGCCCCCCAGUUCGCCGCCCCCAGUGCCCCCCAGUUCCCCGCCCCUAUCUACGCCUACGCACCGGCCACUGAGGAACCCACGAACGCCAGACAAGAAGUCGAAGUGAUCGCCACCCCGGCACCCGCCCCCAAGGAGAAAGAGGUCGAGUUCGGACAGUACUACAUCCUCUCACCCGAGGGUAAACUCCAGAAGGUUGAAUACUUCACCGCGGAGCAGCCCCAGUCGGAGUUCGCCCAAAAAGCUCAGCAAUACAACCAACAAUACAACCAGCAAUACAACCAGCAGUACAAUCAGAGGAGCGCCAAGCAGCAGCAGCAAUUCAAAGGCGCCGUCUCCAAUGUCCAGUACAAGGACGUCGAGCCGAUCUCCGCGCCCGUCUACUCCUACACCAACGUCCCCGGCCCCCUCGUCAGGAUCCUUCGCAGAGUCUAAGGGUUCUAGAUCGAGACGCCUUCAAUGUCGUGUGAUACCGAAAGAUUUACCGGGAGAAGCACCGGUUCCCGGCGAUUAUUUUCUUCGAGUUUAGAAAGCCGGGAUCGCUCGUUCUCUCCUCGUGAGUGCUUCCGAGACUGUCGUUGUUCCCUUUUCCGAAUGUGAUCCUCAUACAGAGUUAUUUAUUUCCGUUGUUAUUUAUUUGCAAGUGAGAAUGUACCGAGUAUUGAAUAAAUGUUUGCAUAAAA